AUGGACGACUACAUGUUUCGGUACUUUGUGGACGAAUGCCGAACUGUGCACGAGGAUACGAGUUAUAUGGAAAUCCUCAACUAUUCGGAUCCGUUUUAUAACUCGUGCGAGGAACACGCCUUGACUUGUGAUGAGUUUGAAAACUUUCUGCUCCGGCGGGGUGCCUUUGCUACUCCGGAUAACAUGCGCAAGGGAACGAAGCUGUUGAGCGGCGUACGACUGAUCGUCCAGAAAAACGCCAAGGACAAGGACACGUUCAUGCCAAAGGUGCUGUCGUUGCCCAAGGACUCGUACGCGUCAAUGGUGAGGCUGAUGAAGCUCCCGUAUCGUGGAAUUGAGACGACUUCUGUUGUUGGACCUUUUUUUUGGUCCUCAUUCGACCAGGAUGACGAUGACCCCCAUCUGCAAUUAAUCCACAGGAAAUCUGAUGUUCGCAAAAAGGGAAAAACUCGCGGCUGGGAAAUGAUGCUUUCUUAUUCUUUCAAAGCACGCAUCACCACCGGCUUCCUCAAGGGCACACCUUCUUCUGACAUCGUUCCCGCACUGCAACACCUGCGUGCUUGCGCGGCGCAGAUUGGCCACCCUAUGCUCCUUCCAAUCAUUAUCCUUUCGUACGACCUGUCUCCCGUAAACGACCAGAAGCAGCGCGAUGCGCGCGACUGGUUGCGCCGACUCGAGAACGCCGUCAGCUUGCGCAACGAGGUGGAAGAGAAUGAGCAGUACUUCCAGGACGGGCUGCUGGAAGUUGACGGCUUGAACCGGGAUCUGGUCGAGUGUCACGGCCACGUCAUGUGGAAGAGACCGCAGGCCUACAUGGCGCUAGCAGAGGAAAUGGAGAAGGCCAUGGAUAGAUUCCGAGAGAAGCUAGUUGGCGUCGAAGCCGGCGGCAGCGACGAUGCCGUCGUGGAUGCCGAACGGGCGCAUCACAAGGAGGUGGACAAGCUGCAUAGGAGCUUGUCGGCAAGGUUGGAGUUUUACAAGACCAAGCUCAAGGGACUGGAAAACUACAUCCAUACGACGUUGGCGAGAUUAAAGGUUCAGCGGGAAGCGCUAUACAACAUCAUGUCCCAGCGCGAAGCAAGACUCAACCUUGAAAUCGCAGGCGAACAGCGUCGCAUCGCUCACGCCAGCAAACGAGACAGCACCGCCAUGAAGACCAUCUCACUGAUGGGCACGCUCUUCCUCCCGGGGACCUACCUCGCCUCUGUGUUCAGCAUGACCUUUUUCAAUUUCCAAGAAGCUGCGCAUCCCGUUUCAACCGGUUUGUGGAUCUACUUUGCCGUCACUGUCCCCGUAACGGCUGCCAUAGUAGCCAUCUGGAUGUGGUUUGACCGGCGUCGCGAAGCGCAGUACGCCAAGGACGACGAGGACCUGGAGCAGAACAUUGACAAGAUGGAGAAGGAAAUCAUGUUCCACUUGCGCAAGAGGACCAUGAGCAAGGCUCAUACCUGGAACUCUCUCAGCUCGCCGCCUCGACCGUAG